AUUUAUGGAAGUAUUAUUGCAAGUUCAAAGGAAACUUAACAGAAAGUCUGCCCAAUCUCUGCUGGAGAAGGCUAUGGCGCUGAUAAAUAUGGCAGGAUUCCAACUAAGGUUCUCACCACUUGAGGCUGAUGCUAUUACUGAGAUUGACACUAUUAUUCCAAUAGAGAGUGCCACCAAGAAAAUUCUUGAUUCAGUUCCAGUCGUUGAGGAAGUUAACCCAAGCAUUCCAAUCAAUGAAUGGCCUAUGAUAGGCAUCAUGACCCAACCAUACGAUGAGGUUAACGACUACAUCAUGGCAUCCUAUGUGAAGUUCAUCCAAGCUGCUGGAGCAAGAGUAGUUCCAAUUGUCUGGAGGGAUUCUGACGAAGACAUUCUUAAUCUUGUCUCCAAGCUAAAUGGAGCCGUGUUCCCAGGUGGUGCUAUUGCAUUCAAGAACGAAGAUGGAACACUAAGCGAGUACGGUAGAAAAGCCGAACUCAUUAUCAAUAAAGCUAAGGAAAUGACUGACCGGGGGUCCAAUUACCCUAUUAUGGGAAUUUGCCUUGGAAUCCAGCUAAUUGUGCAACAUGAAGCUCCAUUCAAGGACACUGUAGAGAUGUUCGGAUUCGAUAACGUUGACGAGGCUGCAACUGUCACUCUCAAACAAACAUCCGAAUCGAAACUCUUUAGCAAAAUGCCACAACACUUAAUUAACGCAGUCCAAAAAGAGAAGCUCACUUACUACCACCAUCAUGAUGGAGUAGUCCCAUCCGCCUGGAACAAGUACUCUAGCCUCAGAGACAACUACCACUUGCUAGCAACCUCCCACGAUAGGAAGGGUGAUGAAUGUGUUGUCUUUGUCGAGAGCAAGAAGUACCCAAUCUGGGGCUUACAGUUCCACCCAGAGAAGAACAGCUUCUCUUGGCGGCCCACUUCGAAAGUGCCUCACUCCCAGACCUCAAUAGAGUUCAGCCAGUUCUUGGCCAACUUCUUCGUGAUGGAAGCCAGGAAGAACUUCAACAGGUUUGACUCUGAGGAAGAAGCCUUCGACCACAUGAUCGAGCAUGUUCCUCUGAAACUGAACAGAGAGAAGAAACAUGAUGUUUAUCUGUUCGAUAACUAAGUAAUUUUAAACCUUUCACCAAAAAUCUGGGAAGAAGAUUUUCAACCGAAAU